AAAAGAAGACAGCUAGCAGAAGCUGCUGAAAAGAGGCAGAUGGAGGCUUCCUCUCGAGGUAUUAAGAAUGUUUACUCUGUAGAGCAAAAGAAAAAGAAACAGGAAGAAAUAGAAAAAAGAAUUGCAGCUUCAGGGUCUGGAGGAGAAGGAGGCCUGAGAGUAAGUUUAAAGAAGAAACAACAUGACACAAUUGUCCAAGUUUUCAUCAAGAAAAUGCUGGUUUGUCAUCCACAAGAUUGA